AGCAAGUUUCCUGGCGCGCGACGGCAAGAGCUCUCGGACCGAAGAGAAAGCAGCGUGGAGGAAUCCCAGCGGGCACCCUCGGGUGUCCUGAUAUUUCCUCCCCUACCGCCGUUGCUCUCACUUUUCUCUUGCGGAUUUGCAGCGGCGGCAGCGUCGCUCGUCCGGAGCAUCCGCGUAUCAGCAACGCGCGCCCGGCACCGCUGUCGGAAGCAGCCUGGCUCUCCGUGGCUGGAAAGCAGCCGGAGCGGCGAGGCAAAAGAAGGAGGGGGCGCUCCGCCCGUCCAGCCGGUGUCCCCCACGCUGCUCUUGUUUACCGGGCGGGAACCAUGACCUCGGUGCUGGAGAGCAGCCGAACCUCUGGAGGAGCCGGCGGUCAGCUGAAAGGCAAGUCUAAGCGACGGCGGCGGCGGCGUUCUAAGAGGAAAGCAGAGAAUUCAGGAUGGGUUCAUACCCUGCUUCCCAGGAUCUCACACCGAUUGCAGGAGCGUUGUAACACCCAGUUUGGCACAUGGCUGGAUGCCACAGAUCACCGCCUCUCCACACAAUCAGAAACACCACAUGAAAAGGGAAGCAUUUUGUCAACUUUCAUUGCACCCCUGAAGUAUUUGAAUCCUUCAGCAGCAAACAUGGAAAAUGAAGAGAAUUUAAAUAUAAGCAGUGCUGAAGUAAAGGAGAACCGUAACAUUGGCAAUUUAGAAGAUCAUUCAGUUGCUUCUAAUGAAAGAUCAAGAGUAGCAGCUUCCAGGGUUAAAAGAAAAAGGCCUCUAGAAGAGGGCAACCGUGGACAUUUCUGCAAAUUUCAGCUCAUCUGCAAGAAGAUCUCGUGGACUGUAACACCAAAGAACGCCCUGGUUCAGCUACAUGAACUUAAACCUGGUUUACAAUACAAAAUGAUUUCUCAAACAGGCCCUGUCCAUGCCCCAGUAUUUGCAGUUGCUGUGGAGGUCAAUGGACAUACAUUUGAAGGCACUGGCCCAACGAAAAAGAAAGCCAAAAUGAGAGCUGCCGAACAAGCCCUCAAGUCAUUUGUGCAGUUUCCCAAUGCAUCUCAAGCGCACUUCGCCAUGGGAAAUUGUUUCAACCCAUCUACAGACUUUACAUCAGACCUAGAAGACUUUCCGGACACUCUGUUCAAAGAGUUUGAACCGUCUACACACAGUAAGGAAUUUUCGGUCUGUGCCCCUGUUAAUAAUGAAUUGCUUUCUAAGGCCUGCCGUCAAGGGAAGCUACUCUACCACACUCUGGGCUUCAUGGGCCACCCGAAACAAAACAAGCACAAGAUGGCGCCCACCGUCAAGAGCGAAAAGAACCCAGUGGUGUUGCUCAAUGAGCUGCGGUCUGGACUGAGGUACGUCUGCCUUUCGGAGACUGUGGAGAAGCAGCAUACCAAGCGUUUUGUGAUGGCUGUGAGAGUGGAUGGGAGAACAUUUGAAGGCUCGGGACGUAGCAAGAAGCUGGCUAAAGGUCAAGCAGCACAGGCUGCGCUGCAGGCCCUCUUUAACAUUCGUCUGCCCAGUCAAAUUCCCAGCAGGAGGAAAUGUAAUCAUUUGCCACAGGAAUUUGCUGAUUCCGUGUACCAAAUAAUUACAGAGAAAUUUCAGGAAGUGACGGAUAACUUUGCUGCCCUCCAUGCAUGCCACAGAUCCCUUGCAGGAAUUGUAAUGACUAGAGGUAUGGACAUUCAGCAGGCUCAGGUUAUUGUGCUCUCUUCAGGCACCAAAUGCCUAAAUGGAGAAUACCUAAAUGAUCAAGGACUUGUUGUCAACGAUUGCCAUGCAGAAAUUGUGGCUAGGAGAGCUUUCAUUCACUUCCUUUACUCACAGUUGGAGCUGCACUUGAGCAGACAACAAGAAGACAGCGAGCGAUCAAUCUUUGUGCGGUUAAAAGAGGGAGGCUACAGGCUAAAAGAGAACAUUCUGUUCCAUUUAUACGUGAGCACAUCACCUUGUGGAGAUGCACGCCUCAAUUCCCCCUAUGAAAUCACAUCUGACUUGAAUAGCGUUAAACACAUAGUAAGAAAGUACCGUGGGCAUCUUCGAACGAAAAUUGAAUCUGGAGAAGGAACCAUUCCAGCUCGAUGUACCAAUGGAAUUCAAACAUGGGAUGGUGUGUUGCUGGGGGAACAGCUAAUCACAAUGUCUUGCACAGACAAAAUUGCCAGAUGGAAUGUCCUUGGGUUACAAGGCGCACUUCUUAGCUACUUCAUCGAGCCAGUAUAUUUGCAUAGCAUUAUUGUGGGAAGUCUCUCUCACACUGGUCACCUUUCACGGGUAAUGAGCCAUAGAUUAGAAGAUGUUGGUCAACUUCCAGCUUCAUACCGGUGUAAUCAGCUUCUCCUGAGUGGAGUGAGUAACGCUGAAAGGAGAAAGGCUGGGAAAUCUCCUGGUUUCAGUGUGAAUUGGAUAGCAGGCACAGCAGACUUAGAGCUUAUUAAUGCCACAACAGGGAAAAAAAACUGUGGGAGUUGUUCACGACUCUGCAAGCACAUGUUUUACACUCAGUGGGCAAAGCUUUAUGGAAAGCUGAGCACACCGAUAUCAAGCCAUGGAGAAGUGCCAUCAGUGUACAGCGAGGCCAAGUUGGUGGCACAUGUCUAUCAGUCUGCCAAACAGCAGCUGUUCAGAGCAUUUCAAAAGGCAGGCUUGGGCACUUGGGUGAAAAAACCCCCAGAGCAAGAUCAAUUUCUACUCAUGGUGUGAAUCAUCUUGGCAUCUUGGUAACAUGACCACAUUGAAAAGAACUGGAGGGAAGAGAAAAACUCUACGGGAGCUGGAGAGACGUCAUGUGAGACCCCGUUCAACCCAAGUCAGAACCUUGUAUCUAAAUGUGUUAGAUAUGAGAUACAUUCUGGUUAAUGCACUGAACCUUUAGGAAACUGCUUUUACAUACCCAUCCCUUCUCAAGGAUGUACAAGCCCAGGUUACAAAAACGACCUUCACUGUUUGUUCCUUGUUUGUAGCACAUUGCUGUAAUUAUCUAAGCAGCACCUGUAUUUCAGGCAACAGCAGGUUGCAAGUUGCGUCUGGCUGAAAAACAAACAAAAACAUCAGCCCUCUGGUGUUCCUCUUCACCGUUAGUGCAAUAAUUAUCAUAGGAGGACGAGGGGGUUUUCUAGGUUGCAAACACAGGCAGGAAUUAGCAUACACUGAAAUAUGGAAAGUUAUGUGUCUGUGUCUCGCCGUAUGGGUGUGAGAGCGAGGAAAGAGGUGAGAUUUCAGACCAGAAGCCUACACAGUGGCACCCUGGAGUUUUAUAAAAUCUACUGCUCAGUACAUCAAAAUCAGGGGAAUAGAAAAGCAAGAUAUUUGCCCAAACCUUAGAUUAAAAGUUUCUGCGUGUUCACUGCAGGGAGCAUUAUGUUUCAGAAAUAAGCAAGGAAAAGCUUGCAUGUCUUUACCGUGCAUUUAAAAAAUAAUGGUUCCAAGAUUGAUAGAUGGCAGAUCAUGGCUAUCCUGUUCUUGACAUAUGAAGUGUCUAUUAUGGCACUGGUUGCACUCAAUAAAUAUGCAGCACGUGAUAACCAUCAGCUGCCAUUUUGAUGGUCUCUAGUUAGGCAUACUGAACAUACCCUGCUUCCCUGAAAAUAAGACCUCCCCGGAUAAUAAGCCCAAUCAGGCUUUUGAGCUCAUGCACUAAA